AUGGUCCGCCGUCUUAAGUACCACGAAUCAAAGCUACUCAAAAAAGUCGACUUUACCACCUACAAAAGCGAUGCAAACCAUCACGCCGCCGCCAUCUGUCGGAGAUAUACGAUCCAAAAUCCCAAUGACUACACAAAGUACAACCGAAUCUGCGGCUCCCUCCGCCAACUAGCCCACUCCCUCAGCAACCUCGACCCUUCCGACCCCGUCCGCGUCAAGACCGAGAAAACCAUGCUGGAAAAACUCUACGACAUGGGCAUCCUCUCCGGCACCACCAAACCCAGCGAAGUCGAGCGGAAAGUCGGAGUCUCGAGGCUCGCGAGGAGGAGGCUCGGCGUCGUGAUGACGCGGCUGCGGAUGGCGGAGAACGUCACCGCGGCCGUCAGGUUCGUGGAACAGGGACACGUGAGGGUCGGGACGGAGGUGGUGACGGACCCGGCGUUCCUGGUGACGAGGAACAUGGAGGAUUUCGUGACGUGGGUGGACAGCAGUAAGGUGAAGCGGAAUAUCCUGAAGUAUCGGGAGAAGUUGGAUGACUUUGAUCUGUUGUGA